AUGGCAAGCCACGUUCUUCUACUAACUUUGCUGAUUGCCACUUGCACUCUCUCAUUUGCCUUUGAGCCUAGCCCUUUGCAGGAUUUCUGUGUUGCAGAUACUACUAGCUCAGCAAGAGUUAAUGGCCUUGCCUGCAUGGACUCUAAGCUUGUUCAAGCUAGUCAUUUCUCCUUCAGUGGCCUCCAUCUUGUUGGCAACACCUCGAACCCCCUUGGUUCUAGGGUGACACCCGUUACAGUGGCACAAUUACCUGGCCUCAACACCCUUGGCAUCGCUUUGGCACGCUUAGACUAUGCGCCAUGGGGUCUUAUUCCUCCUCACAUGCACCCUCGCGCCACGGAGGUACUGACAGUAUUGGAAGGCAGCCUUGAGGUUGGUUUUGUGGCCUCCAAUCCAGAAAACCGGUUCAUCUCAAAAGUCCUUCAAAAGGGUGAUGUGUUUGUCUUCCCAGUAGGACUUCCUCACUUCCAAAGAAAUGUGGGAUACGGAAAUGCUGUUUCGCUCUCUGCUUUGAGCAGCCAGAAUCCUGGUAUCAUCACUGUCGCCAAUUCCGUGUUUGGAUCAAAUCCAUCCAUCUCUGGUGAUGUUCUUGCAAAGGCUUUCCAGGUGGAUAAGAACGUCAUUGAUCACCUUCAAUCACAAUUCUAGAUGAUCAGCUACAAGUUCAUGUAGAAUUAUUUUGAUUGUCUGGUAAUUGCAUUUGUUUUUGUGAGACCUUUGUAAUUCAUUUUGUUUUCUUACUUUAAAAAAUAUAUAUAUUCAAAGGUGUUCUAUUGGACUACAAAAUUAAUAUUGGUUCAACCUUCUUUUUUUUUUUUUGGGGGGGGGGGGGUAUUGUUUUUGGAUAUCCUGGACAUUCAUUCUGUUGAUUUUUGGUCCUGAUAUAUCACAA